AUGAAUAUUCUAAUUCCGAUGGGCGGUCUUGGUCAACGUUUUACUCGAGAGAAUUAUCGUUUUCCGAAACCGUUGAUUAAAAUCGUUGGUCGACCGAUGUUGUUUUGGUUAAUCGAUUAUUUGGAUCUGAAAGAAGAUGAUAUUAUUUACCUCGGAAUUACAGAAGCAUUGGAAAAACAGUUUGCAUUGACACAAACAUUACGAGUGGAGUAUCCGAACCAGACAUUCAAAUCAGUUGUUCUAGACUUUGACACACGUGGUGCAGCGGAGACUUUGUUCAUCAUGUUACAAUCGAUUGAUGAUGAUCGUGUAGAACGAAAGACGAUUUCUCUCGAUUGUGAUACGAUUUAUUUCAAACCAAUUCUCGAACGUUUCCGUCAACUACCCGCUCAUCUCAAUGCUUCGUUCUACUUCGAAGAUCACGGUGGUAAACCGAUAUUUUCCUACUUGAAAUUCGAACACGAGCCAUCUGACCCUGAACAUCCGCCAGUUGUUACCGACGUUGCCGAAAAGAUCAUGAUUUCAACGCAUGCAAACACAGGUGCUUACGCGUUUAGCUCGACAUCGAUUAUGAAACAAUACUGUAUUCAACUAUUGGAUGAAGCUGUCGGAGAAUCCGGAGAAUAUUACACUACGCAUAUUAUUAAACUUAUGUUAACAGAUAAAGAACCAUUCGUCGGUCUACCUGUGCAAGCCGAUGAUUUUGUUUGUGUUGGCACGCCCGAUCAAUUGAAAACGUUUUUAAAACGAUUGAAAAGCAAAGAUACUCCCGUGCAAGUUCGAAAGAUGCGAUUUUGUUUCGAUUUAGACAAUACACUCGUUUCUUAUCCAACCAAGUAUGGCGAUUACAGCACUGUUCUACCUAAAUCACAAAAUAUUCGACUGGUUCAAGAACUGCAUGCUGCCGGGCAUUAUAUUAUCAUUCAAACAGCUCGUCGAAUGAAAACCCAUAAAGGAAAUGUCGGUGCCGUGAUAGCAGACAUCGGACGAGUGACGAUUGAAACGUUGGCAAACUUCAACAUUCCUUACGAUGAAUUGUUCUUCGGUAAGCCUUAUGCAGAUAUUUACAUUGACGAUGCAGCAGUACAUGCGCUGAUCGACACGGCAAAAGAAAUCGGUUGGAUGCCGGACGAUGAUCAAACGAACGAUGUGAACCCUUCCGCCAAGUCAAAUACAAUUCAGUAUUUGGAUAAUUUAAUUAUUAAAAGUUCGUUCAUGGACGAUCUGAAAGGUGAAAUCUUUUUCUAUGAAAAUGCUCCAACAUCGAUUAAAGAUUUAUUUCCACAACUGCAUCGAGUCGAACACAAUGCGGAAACGAAUAUUGGCUCGAUUAUUCUGGAAAAGAUAGAAGGUAUUAGUUUUUCGCAACUGUUCACUAAUUUAUGCAUCACUCAUGGACGAAUAUUGAAGUUUCUCACAUCACUAAAACGUAUUCAUCUGUCUCUGCCAGCCGAUAGUGAAAAAGCAAAAGGAAAUAUCUAUGAAAAUUAUUCUAAAGUACUUUCAACACGGCACGAACAAUCUCUGGAUUUGUAUAAAGGCAUCGACGAUCAUUUUCAAGGACAAUCAGCAACGACGAUGAUGCGUUCGCAAGAGCUCAUCGAUAACGUCGUCAAAUAUUUAAACGAAUAUGCAGCAGCAAAACGUGGUCAAUACCGUUCGAUUAUUCAUGGAAAUCCCAUAUUCAGUAGCGCUGUAUUUACACCAGAAAAUCGCAUUGUAUUCUUGGACAUGCGUAGUUGUCUGGGUGCUAAAUUAAGUUUAGAAGGCGAUCUUAAUUACGAUCUGGGAAAAGUUUAUCAAUCGUUGAUUGGAUAUGAUUUUAUCCUUGCGGAUAAGGGUCAUUUGAUUUCCGGGGAAAUCAUCGAAACAUAUCUUUUAGAAUUGAUUCCGAUAUUUGAAGAAUUUGUCGAUAGAGAAUAUUCGAACACAGUGAAUUGGACCGAUCUGAAGAUGAUUACCGUUCAUUUCUUGCUCAAUUCCAUUCCAUCUCUGAAGAAUUUCCAACACCAAACUCAACUUUAUCAACUGGCCGUCGAUCUCUACCAGAAGAUUAUGCCAACGAAAUCCAAUGACAAUACGGGUGUUUUGAUUUGA